AUGUCCUCAUUAACCUACGAUACCCUGCGAACAAGCCUCGUACGCUCCGAUGCCAAUUACGCGGUCAAUACUCGUGAUGAUCUAUCCCAGUCGGAACUAACUACGAUAAUUCGAGUCCGCGAAUUGAUCCAUAUCGGCGUCAAGAUGUGCGAUGAGAGAUUCGGCAGGCCCGAAGAAAUACAGACCUUGAUCUAUCAACGUACUCGGGACAUCGAGAGCGAGACGUCUCUAUUCAUCCCAAACGGAUUCGAGAUUGAUGAGGAGGAGAAGUCUCCAGAUAUCACCUUCGUGGAGCGGUUGGCUAACGGGCAGGUUGAAUCGUCCGAGGAUUCGAGGAUUUUCGACGGCGUUGACGUAGGACGAAUUCAUGUAUCAACAAACUGGUCUCCGGAUACACCAUCAGAACAUACUUCAGGUGUUACCACAGGCGGUUGGGGUGGCGAGUGUCACCAAUCCGCACGAAAUUCACGCCCACUACCCCUAAACUACACGGUAGAUUCAGAUGAAGAAAGGGAAAAGAACUGGAAGACCGACUCAGAGACUUCGACCAAUCACUUGGAGAAUAACGAAGAUCGUGAAACUGAGGAGUUCAACAUCAAUGCCUCGUCUCGGCCGGGUCCUGAGGAGCCCCUGACCUUUUAUUCCGUUCGGCUCGAGUUGCAGGAUGCUCUGGCGCAUUAUGAGGAGGCUUGCAUCGACGAAGCCUCCUCCCUCGACUACUACGAGGCCCAGCAAGCGUUCAAGGAUGGUAUCGAACUAUCAAAGUCACCACCCAAGGGACUAACGCCUGAACAACUAUGGGACGAUGUUGAGGAGAAAGUCCUGAUGAGCACAUAUAUGGGACAGCGACGGCAGUACGUUAAUAACGACGAUGAUGGGUCGCUCUUUCCUGGCGGGUCCGUUAAGCCGUUCAAAUAUGGUAAAAUGAAUAACUUCGGUCCCCUGCCGGAUUUCCAUUUUGGAGAGUUGAGAAUUGGUAACGUUGCGCGUGCGGAUGGCAAAGACGAAGAGCAUGUUGUGGUUCCUGAGACACCGACAAACUCUUCUACGAGACUCAAGCGUAAGCGAGAUCCCAUUUGUGACUCGCCCAAUGAAAAUUCGCUGACAAGUACAGGAAGCAAGCGAUUGCGAUCGAACAGCCACGCGACACUAACAGUGGAUAUCGAAGCAGUGCCCGAAUCUCAUGCGCCGCAGUGUCAGCAAGCUAUAGUCACGCCUCUAGACAAGGUGCUUAGGGGUACGGAGCAGGCAUCGCUGCCAGUAAACAGCGAACCGCAACCUUUCGCACCAUCAAUCUCUGAAUUUUCACCUAUCAAGCACGCGGGGGUACCAAUCUCUGCUGCACCGGGGUCCAUGCAGGCUUUCUACCGCACCACCGUACAAAGUACGCUAAAGGAACUUCUCAACAAGACUUCAUCAGACGAGGUCAAAGAUUUGCUCAAUGCGUACUGGGAGCACAUUGAGAGGGAGAUUCCUGUGGCAAAACGGCAGCAAUAG